AUGACUCGCCGUUGUUCUCACUGCAAUCACAAUGGCCACAACUCUCGUACAUGUCCGAAUCGUGGGGUUAAGCUCUUCGGUGUUCGGCUCACAGAGGGUUCGAUCCGGAAGAGCGCCAGUAUGGGCAAUCUCAGCCACCACUCGGGCUCUGGUUUGAGUGGGCUCGGCGGAAUCGGGUCGAACAAUCCUGGUUCUCCCGGUGAUGGCGUCGACCACGGCGUCGGCGAUGGUUACGCCUCCGAGGAUUUUGUUCCUGGCUCGUCUUCUAGCCGGGAGAGGAAGAAAGGUAAUCCGUGGACAGAAGAGGAGCAUAGGAUGUUCUUAUUGGGUCUACAGAAGCUGGGAAAAGGCGAUUGGCGAGGAAUCUCCAGGAACUAUGUGACAACGAGGACACCUACUCAAGUUGCAAGUCACGCUCAGAAGUACUUCAUCAGACAAUCCAAUGUGUCUCGCCGCAAGAGACGUUCUAGUCUCUUUGAUAUGAUUCCUGAUGAGGUAACAGACGUUUUCAUGGAUUCUCAAGAGCUGCAAGCCGAAAACAUUCCUGUGGAAACGCAAAUGCAGGGUACUGACUCUGUUCCAACACCAUUGAUCCUGGAAAUGGAAGAGUGUGAGUCCAUGAACUCCACCAACUCUGGUACUGAGGAGCCACCACUGCAUGUAACAGCUUCUGCUUCUUUCAGACCAGAAGACACCAUCCAGACGCAGAUACAACCGCCUGGUUCGUUCCCUGUACUAUAUCCGACUUACUUCUCGCCCUUCUACCCAUUCCCGUACCCGAUUUGGCCUGGUGCGUAUGUUACCGAGCCGGCAAAGGAAGAGACUCACGAGAUCCUCAGACCAACAGCUGUGCACUCAAAAGCUGCUCCCAUUAACGUCGAUCAGCUUCUUGGGAUGUCUCAGCUAAGCCUCGGGGAGUCCAGCCAAAACGGUGUUUCAGAACAACCUCCUUCACUGAACCUCGUUGGAGGGUCGUCUUCGAGGCAAUCAGCCUUUCAUCCCAAUCCAGGCAGUGGUGGUGGUUCGGACAUUAACACCGUGAUACAUGCUCUCUAA